GCAAGAAUGAGCAAUGCAAAAACGGCCCUUGGAAUAUUGGGUGGAGAAGAUGAGUUGUUGCAAAGUUUUGUGCGCGUUGGUCUGAAAACGGACAACGACGAUGACCAGCAGCAAUCGAAUGUAACGUUCUCGUCUGGUGCUGGUGGUGGUGGCGGCGGCAGUGGUGCUGGUACUGGAGGAAGUGGGACCAAUGGGCCACAAACGACCACCAUACAACAUCAGGCCAGCCAGGGCAAGCUGGAUACCCAUCUGAUACGUCAGUUUUCCGACCAUUGUUCCGAUAUGAGUGACAAAAAUGCACCCAGAAAGUAUCGAGAUUUGUUCAACGAGCCAGUUGACGUGAAGAAACGGCGAUACUUUGAUGAAGUGUACACCGAUAAAGAUCGUGCCGCUGCCGUUAGUAUAGGAAACUUUGAUAUCAAGCAAAACCUCAUCAACAAACGUCGCCAGGAACGUAACGAAGCGUUACAGACCGAGGAAGCCGAACCGGGUGCCAUCUUGGCGUUGGGGAUGCGUGAGAUCAAGAACGGAAAUUUGGACAAUGCUGUUCUGUUCAUUUCUAAGGCUUUGGAAAUGAACAACAACGAUCAGAACGCGCUAGUUGCUAGAAGCCGAUGUUUCUUGCAGCUUGGCGAACCAGGCAAAGCUUUGCAGGAUGCAGAAACGGCUCUCGUAAUUGACAAGAACAACAUCCGGGCGAUCUACCAGAAGGCGGAAGCUCUCUACUACCUUGGACAGUUCGAACACAGCCUGAUGUUUUUUCACCGUGGUUUGCGUUUGCGUCCGGAGCUGGCUAGUUUUCGACUUGGUGUUCAAAAAACACAGGAAGCGAUUGAGAAUACGAUCGGCAACAACACCAAGAACCAGCCGGCAAAGAAACCAGUCAAGGUGGACAAACCGAAAACGGCCCGACGCAAUCAACUGUCGCGCGAAGAGCUGGAAAAGCGUGCCUCCCGUCGGCUGUUGGGUGAUCUAUACAUUGACAAGGAAUAUUUGGAAAAUCUGAUCAAACAUCCGGAUCUGCGCAAAGCGGACACAAACACGGAAGGUGUCUCGGAGUUCGCUAAGGAUGCGAUCAACUUCCUAAACAAUAGGCAGGAGUUCUGGCGCCAGCAGAAGCCUUGCACGAGCUUGAAUGCGAAGAAAAUUAGUGGCGCAAAUGGUAUGCUUCCGCGUUGGUUGUAAAAGGGGGUGGAAAC